CACCCAUUACUUUCAUUGACAAACCCCUCGAUUGUCAGAAUUAUUUUGAUCCAAACAGAAGAUUUUAUUAGUUUUUAAUUUUGCUUGUUGCGAAUGGUGCCGAAUCAUCCAGGAAAUUUACAUUUAACAAUAAGAGAAUUAUAGUGAUCGAGUCAACGCCAAUGUGUGCGUCACAGAGAAAAGAAUGCACUUUUUGCAAAAAGCCCCUAAAGAGCCGCUCAAGUCGACACUAUCACGAGCAUUGCCAGAACCCAGAGCUAAAACCAUUCAAGUGUGACCACUGCGAUCGUACCUUCAGUACCAAAUCGCACAAAACAUUCCACGAGGAGAACCAUUCGGGGCAGCGUCUGCAGUGCACCCAAUGCGACAAGACCUACCAACACCAACGUGAUCUUGAUCUUCAUAAGCGUGAACACAGUUCGUCAGCAAUAUCGCUGCAAGCCAAGUGCAACAGGUGCGCCCAACAAUUCGAAUCAAAGCAAGCCCUCGCCCAACACAAGCGAAUGCAGCAUACCGCGACGAAACGAUUCAAGUGUGAUCAGUGCGAUAUGACCUUCGGCCUCAAAGGCAACCUCACAAAGCAUGCCAAGAUUAUACACUCGAAAGAGAAACUAUUCAAAUGUGACCAAUGCGGAAAAACGUUCUACCGCAACAAUGCUUUGAAAUUUCACAUGCUCAACCAUCGAUCAAAAAAUUUCCAAUGCAAAACAUGUCACAAGGAAUUCGUUGAUGCCAGAAACCUCGAAAGACAUCUAAAAACACACGCUACUGAAAAGGAAUUUAAAUGUGAUAUCUGCGGAAUUUCCAGCUCACGGAAGGACAACAUUCUGCGGCAUGCGAAAAGCUUCCAUCCGGAUUGCGAUAUCAACAAGGUGGUACUGAAAAGUGAAAUACCCGAACAACUAGAUGCAAUCAAAAAAGAUGCCAAACAAAGCAGUAAAUCUGCACCGAAGGUAAUCGAGUCCAGAUUUACUACGGAACCGUCCAUCUCGAAUCGGAUCAGCGUAAUUCAAGUGGUAGGAAAACCGAAACCACUCUCGAUACCCAAGCCAACAAUGUCGAUCACAGCCCCUUCUGGCUCCAAAAGCAUUGAAACCUUGCCCAAACCACCUCCACCGAAGGUAGACCCACUGGAAAUCUACCGUAAAAUCCUGAAACCGAGCAAUGAUGAUGACGAAGACGUCGUUAUCAACAAACCACCCCCAUCGAAUGAACCGGCGAAAACAAACAGUUCGUCGACGCAGGCGUCGGCAGUAUCCGUCAACAAUAACACAUCCACGGCCAUCAGUGGCGGUAAUAAUUCUUCUAUAAAUAAUUUCACUGAAGUUCAUUGGCGAAAGCGCACCUCACAGAUCUACGCUACCAAUUCGAAUCGGUGA